CUACCAAACAGACGAUGGAGGAGAGAUCAACGUCCCCAACGCCUGAAGAGCGGGCCAAGCUCGACAAGGAAGCCAAGGCGAAGGAGAUUGCUGAGCAGAGUACUCUACCAUACCAAUGGAGUCAACAAAUCGGUGAUGUGGACGUCACUGCACCAAUUCCAAGCAACCUCAAGGGCAAGGACUUGGAUGUGAAGAUCACCAAGAACAGCAUCAAGGCUGGCAUCAAAGGCCAAGAUGUGAUCAUUGAGGGCACAUUCCCCCAUCCUAUCGACGUAGACGAAUCAGCCUGGACGCUCGAAACCACUGCUUCCGGCAAAGAAAUUAACAUCCAUCUCGAAAAGGCCAACAAGAUGGAGUGGUGGGCACACGUCGUCACCUCCGCCCCCAAAAUCGACACGUCGAAGAUCACGCCGGAGAACAGCAAGUUGAGCGACCUGGAUGGCGAGACGAGGAGCAUGGUGGAGAAGAUGAUGUGGGAUCAGCGGCAGAAGGAGCUGGGCCAGCCGACGAGCGAUGAGCAGAAGAAGGCGGAUAUGCUGAAGAAGUUCCAGGAACAGCAUCCCGAGAUGGACUUUUCCAAGGCGAAGAUUGGAUGAGGGGGUUGAUGCGGAGGGAGGAGCACUCAUCAUAUUGCCAGGGGCACGAGUAAUUCCAUGGCAUUCGUAUUCGCGGCUUCCUCGAUCGGCGGUAUCAGCAAUUCAGAUAUGAUAUCUGUGGCCGGGCGGCAGUGUGCCUUGAGAGCAGCCGCACAAACGAAGUAUGCUCUCGACAUGUGAAUGACGAUCACGAGGCCGUUGCUAGGCCACUACCCGCAGUUACUCUACAGGCGUGUGACGCCCACGCUGAAAGUCACGUCACGUCGUUUGUUUGUAAGGCAUAAAAGUUCACUUGCUCCCGCUUGUUUCUCCUUUCCGUCCACCA